AAUAAAGAAUUUGGCAGAGACCCCAAGACUUCCUCUCAUAUUUCUUCAUUUGAAUUAGAACAGGUGCACUUUGCAGCUCUUAACCCACCAAGCUUUCAAAGAGUGCUACAAUUUUUAGCUUCUGAAAUUCAAACACAGCCAAAAUUUAGUCAAGAAACCCUAUUUCCUCACAAUGCCUACUUCUUCAUCACAACCCUCGCAAGCACCAAAAGCAAAGUCAAAUCUAAUUAGAACCAUUGCUAUAGUCUUGCUAGCUUCAAUUGUCAUUUUGGGUCUUGUGGUGCUCAUCACCUGGCUCAUUGUGAGGCCGAAACGCCUUGUUUACACCAUCGAAGAUGGUUCGAUCCAAAACUUCAACCUAACCAAUAACCACCUCUCAGCGGAUUUUGAUUUUGUCAUCAGAUCCUAUAAUCCCAACAAAAGAGUCUCCAUAUACUAUGACUCUAUUGGCGCUACAGUGAAUUACAAUGACCAGACUCUGGCAUUUUCCGGGAUUGAACCCUUCUAUCAGCGCCGUCGAAAUGUGACCCGCUUUGAUGUCAAGUUCACGGCUCCCUCCACUGCACUUUCCAGCUCUGUCUCUAAGGAUCUAAUGCUUGAGAAAAGAUCAGGCAAGAUUCAGUUUGAUGUUUGGCUCAAGGCAAGGAUUAGGUUUAAGGUCGGAGCUUUGAAGUCACACCACCGCACUCUAAGGGUUUCGUGUUCCCCAGUGUUGGAGUUAUCAAGGCCUAAGAAUUUGAAAAGGACGUACUGUUAUGCUGAUAUUUGAUCAAGCCUGCGGCAUGCAUGUAAUUUCAAUGACUUAAUUUUUCUCUAUUGUUUGGGAUUUAAUUUUUAUUCAAUUUUUUGCUAGUCAAACUGUUACAAGCACUGUUUUCUUCAUGUAUUCUUGAACUAUAUAUGCGUGUAGUCAUUGCUGUGUAUUGUUUUGUGUGGAAGUGGUCAGUUUUCUUGUAAGAAUCUUGUUUGUGAUACUUAUUCAAUUUAUUUAUUGUAAAUUUGUAACCAUUCCAUAUGGAUUGAUCAGACUGCUUCAGGGUGAUGAUAA